AUGGCUCCCCUGCAUUCUCAAUUACUAGUUUUCAGCACCCUCAUUUUGCUUCUCAAUGUCCAAUUAACUCAUGCCACGCCGACAACGACAGCAAUUGCCAAAGGCCAAAUAACCUGCACAAUGUGCUCCUCCUGUGACAACCCAUGUCAGCCCAUUUCAUCUCCGCCACCACCACCAUCAUCUGACUAUAAUUUUCAUCCACCACAAUAUUGCCCGGGAGGUUGCUCUCAGCAGCCUCCAUUACCGCCUUAUAAUGGCGGUGGUGGUGGUGUCGGUGAUGGUGAUUACUACUAUCCUCCGACCGACCCUUCUGUAUACCCUAUCCCACCACCUCCAAACCCCAUUUUACCGUAUUUCCCUUUCUAUUUUCACAACCGUCCUUCACCUUAUAUAGUUGACUCUAAAUCCGUUCAGUUCAAGAACCAUCCUUUUAUCACUUGUCUCAUUCUGGUUCUUCCCAUUUUCUUGUUUCUGUAA